AUGUCAUCGUUUCUCCACUUUUUCAAUUCUGUUGUGGCUGGCUUUUUUGCUUGCCUCUCUUCGGUGUGUGGUAAAAUGAUGAGUGAUUCUUCGAGUUGGAUGGUGUUUGUAAUGUAUUUUGUCCUAAACAUUGCAUUGACAGCAUUUGCAAUUGUUUUUCAGACAAGAGCUUUACGACAUUUAUCCACUUUAUCGGCAACAGCAACGAAUUUAGCUUCAAAUUUUAUAUUUACUUCAGUAUUCGGAAUGCUUGUUUUUGGUGAAAUUUUAACCUUGCGAUGGUAUAUUGGAUAUGCGGUCAUCAUGUUUGGAUUGACUAUGAUCAUGAGAGGAGAUUAG